CGGGAAACAUAGGAAAAAUAAAGCAGACAGCAAAGGAGUUGGAUUUUUUUUGGGAGUUGGAUUUUUUUUGGGAGCUGGCUAAACGAGCAUCGCGAAUGGAGGUGCAGCGAGGACCAAGAUUUCAUGUUGUUUGUCAUAGAUGAAAGCAACGUUCUGGCUGAUGUUACCAUCAAAGCAACUUGCCUGAGUCUUGCCUUGGGUGGUAUCAAUACCAAUGUCGUUACGCUUACAUGGGCAGUCUCCCUGUUAUUGAAUAACCGCCACAUGCUAAAGAAGGCCCGAAAUGAACUCGACAUCCAUGUCGGGAAAGAACGACAUGUGGAAGAGCCCGACAAAAGCAACUUGGUAUACCUGCAAGCCAUUAUCAAGGAAACAAUGCGAUUAUACCCGGCAGUGCCUCUAUCGGUACCGAGAGAAGCUAUGGAAGACUGCACAAUAGCUGGUUUCCUUGUUCCGGCAGGCACUCGACUUUUGAUUAACCUCUGGAAGUUGCAGCGUGAUCCCAGCAUUUGGCACAAGCCAUUAGAUUUCAUGCCGGAGAGAUUCCUCAGUGGCCAUGAUAACAUAGAUGUGACGUGUCAAAAUUUUGAGCUUAUAACAUUUGGUUGUGGUAGAAGGAUUUGUCCUGGUAUCACCUUUGCGCUUCGGUUCCAGCACUUAGCUCUGGCUCGACUGAUUCAUGGAUUUUAAUGGGGGACGGUAUCGGAUGAAUCAGUCGAUAUGAGUGAAAGCAUUGGAAUAACAGUUCCUAAAGCUACACCAUUAGAGGUUACUGUUACCCCAGAGUUACCUUCCAUGCUCUAUAGGUAAUUGGUAAAGAUGCAUAAGCUUGGUUUGCAGUUAAUUUUUGUUGAAUGCACAUGUGU